ACUCAGGACAAGGAUUUCUCACCAUGAGAGACACACUCCUGCUCGCGCUCCUUCUGGGCGCAGUAGCAGUUGCCAACUCCGAUGAGAAUAACAAUUUUCCAAGCUGGAAAAACUACGGCAAGGGAGGUGCAAGGUGUGCAAGAGCGUUUGAUCUCCAGCUGCCCUUCCGAGUCCGCUGUCGGUACCUGUGUAAAGGAUGGCCAGUCCGUGCUGUCAAUGAAGCUGAUGGCGAGCCUUGCGCUGCUCUUUUCCGUGGAACUGGAACAUGCCAGAACGGACGCUGCGUAGUAGGCAGUUCUACGUCGUCUGUUACCCAGCCUGACACAGAAUUUGCUGGAAGGGGGCGUCCCGAACUGACUCCAGAGACAAGCACAGAACGCCAACGUGAACCCGAAGGACCACAGUCUUCCACUGACGCUGAGCCAGAGAGCCCAGUCGAUGUAGAAACAACUGCCCCAGAAGCGUCUUCUGAGCCUGAAUCUUCCUCCGAACCUGAAAAGGAACCUGAAGUGGAACCCGAGACACAACCUGAAGUAGCUUCGGCACCCGAAGGUGACGACGCUUCCCGCGACGAAGAACCUGUGCCGGAAGCAGAACCAAGUCCUCAACCAGAGGAAGCCCAACCUGAUGCACAACCUGAGGCUGAGCCGGAAGCUGAACGACAAGCACAGCCACAGCCAGACGCAGAGCCGCAACCAGAAGCACAACCUGAAGCCCAACCCGAAGCGCAACCAGAGCCACAGCCUGAAUCACAGCCAGACGCUGCAGCUGAGCAACAGCCAGAAGCACAGCCUGAGCCACAACCUGAAGCGGAACCAGAGCCGCAGCCUGAACAAGAGCCAGACGCCGCAGCGGAGCUACAGCCAGAAGCACAGCCUGAGCCACAGCCCGCAGCGCAACCAGAGCCGCAGCCUGAGCAACAGCCAGAAGCACAGCCUGAGCCACAACCUGAAGCGCAGCCAGAACUGCAGCCUGAACAACAGCCAGAAGCACAGCCUGAGCCACAACCUGAAGCGCAACCACAGCCGCAGCCUGAACAACAGCCAGAAGCACAACCUGAGCCACAACCAGAAGCGCAACCAGAGCCGCAGCCUGAACAACAGCCAGAAGAAAAACCUGAGCCACAACCCGAAGCGCAACCAGAACCGCAGCCUCAGCCACAGCCAGAGGUGGAGCCUCAGCCAGCACCUGAAGCGCAACCAGAAGUCACAUUCGAAGCACAACCCGAAGUGCUAGCGGCACAACCUGCUGAAGCACCAGUUGAACAACCACCAUUUCUGCCACAAGGCCAACAAAGCGGUGCGACCCAGCCCGUACCGCUACCAGGCGGCUAUGUUGAAAAUGAGAUUCUUCAAUAAAUGUAGUUUCGUAACUGUUAGGUA